UUCCGCAAUAAAACAAACUUGUUACAUUAUUAUAAUUAAAUAGCAACACAAAUAUUUCAAAUUCAAUUCCUGCCAUGACCGAAUCGCCAACUACAGCCAGUUACUUUAAUAUAUUCAUAACAGGGCAAAUAGAAGCUAUGGAAUUCCCUCUGGGCCCAAAUGCAGCGGAAGUAUUUUGUCGUUACGAAGUCGUUGCUGGCCCCGACUGGGAACUAGUGUCCGGUGUUCAAAAUGGAAUUUCACAGACUGCAUCCAAUAAAAGUGGUUACUUCAAGGAUAAAAUUGUAUUUAAUUUUCCCUUAGAAUGGACUUUUAAGAGCACAACUCCUUUCGGCUGGCCACAAUUGAUAAUUUGCAUUUAUGGCAAAACUCGUUGGGGAGCGGAAACGGUGCUGGGAUACAGUCGUAUUAAUUUGCCGGUAUUUGGGUCACAUGCAGACGAACCUAUAAUAGCACCCAUACUCAUUCCACGAAACAGUAAUAUGGUAUCCGAGUUAGCUAGUUGGAUCACGGGUCGCAAUCCUGAACUGAAGGAUCCAAAGGCUUUAUUAAGCAGCGGAAAAUUGAAAGGCAUUUCGGCAGAAUCAUAUGGAGAAGUCAUUUUUAAACUCACAACUAUAUUAAGAGGUACAAAUCGGCUAGGAUACGACUGGGGCUAGUGCAAUAUACGUAGAUUAAGGAAACAUUUUAGCGUGUCAAACCCCUUUC